CUGCAUUAUCUAGUGCUGAUAAAAAGUUAAUGAAAGCUUGCUUGCUGAGAUUAGGUGGCCACUAUGCUUCCGACUGGAGUAAAGAAUGCACACACCUUGUAAUGGCUGCAAUCAAUGUCACAGUAAAAGUUAUCUGUGCACUAGUCUCCUGCUGUCCAAUUGUUACUAUGGAGUAUGUCAACAAAUUGAAUGAAGCAGCAGAAAGUCACACUAACUUACCAGACAGCAGCAAUUUCAUGCCAGGUGUUGUUGAAGUCGCCAUCAGGAAAGAUGAAGUAUCAUUUCAACCAAAUGAGCUUAGAAAAACAGUGUUCAGAGACAAAACAUUUGUCUUCUUAACUGAAAAAAAG